UCACUGACUCACCGCCGGCCUACUUAAACAUCGGCUCAUACGUCGUUAUCUUCAUUCUUUGGACAACAACAGUCACCUGCAUUCCGGCACAGCGAGUGACACCAACGGCUAUAAGGUUAUCAGUUUCCCGUUAAUAGGUCAUAUUUAACACUGCUUGUUACUCAGCGGCUUGAAUUAUAGACAAAAUAACAACAUGAACAGCUACACAUGGAUCCUUGCCGUGGUCUUCCUCGGCUCUGCCCUGGUUAGGGUGCAGGGGUACGGAAACGGGGCUCCACCCAGCGCCUGCGAUUCUAUGGUCCCCGGGCACCAGGGGUCAAAGCCCCAGACUAUAGCCAGUCCAUACACCGUCUCCGUCCAGGUGUCCAGCUACACCCCUGGACAAACAGUGAACGUGACCGUCAGAGGCACGGAGGAUUUCCGGGGUCUUCUUCUUCAAGCACGUAAGGCAGGCACCGACGAAGUGGUAGGAACCUUUCAGACUCCUCCAUCCAAGUUCAAGUUCCGUCCCUGUCCUGACGGGGGAGCCAACAACGGAAUAACUCACAUUGACACGUCAACCAAAAACAACAUGACAUUUAUGUGGACAGCACCUUCCACAGGAGUUGGAAAUGUACAGUUUUAUGGCACCGUUCUUAAAGAAAAACCAACCUACUGGGUGAAGCUCACAAGCAGUGUCAUAUCGGGAGAAGGCGGCGAUUCCAACGGGGCCUCCUCACUGCUUGUCCAUAUUUCAUCUGUAAUUGGAACCGUUUUGCUGGCUAAAAUUUUAUAGACAACGAAAUUUCGGGGGAAAGUAUUUUUAGAUCAAUAGCACGACUCGUAGCAGAGUUACCUUCCUGGAGACAGCUUUUAUUGUGAUUUCUCUAACAAGAACCAAGCAGGAACAAUAAUUUUGACAGGGAAAUAUUAGGACCAAUGGAUAUGAGAAAAAUAUUUAUUUUAAAUCUAAACGGAAUAUUAUUCUGGGUAAUUGCUUUUCUCCGUUUUUGUAGUCGAAAUGACGAACAAAAUUAUAUUGUAAAAUCUCUGUAACUUCUAAUUUUACAAGUUUUGCUUAGAUCUCCAUAUGCGCACAAAUGUCAUAAAUCGCGCCAGAAAUUAAUUCGCUUUAAAAGCACAAGUUGUUAUCUUUACGACAAAUGAAGAGAUUGCGAGUGACAUCGUCUCUGAAAUCAUAUAUCAUUGGCUCAAACCAAAUUACAUUCGCCAAUCAGCCGCGUGUUGAUGACGAGGCUCGGAUUCAAAGCGAGUCUCUGAAAAAGCGUAGGCAACUGAUGACAUUUGGUCAUCCUCGGUUAAUUCCUUAUUCCUUUAUUUUUAGGCAAGGAAUAACCUGACGUGUUCAAAAUGGGAAGUGAGAACACAGUUUAUUUUUUACAGUAAUAUCAUCACAUUUUAAAUCGUUUAAUGUAUUUGUAUAAUUUUCUCUCGCAAGUACAUUCCAUUAGGUUUACGUGUACCUGUGCAUUUGUCCAUUUUUAUAUUGUGUUAAAUUACAAUAAAAACUAGCAAAACUGUCUGGA